CUGCCAACCUUCCCCUUUGUGGCUUCCGUGCAUCACCUGUUUUUUCUGUGCUGCUCCCUCAGCAGUAACUGCUCCCUCCGACAAUGACCUGCGCCUGCGUUACAAUGUGUGUGUGCAUCCUUGAGUGGUAUUUGAGCCCCAGCUGCACACGUACUGAAUUUGACUGGGAAAAGGCUAUGACCAACCUCUGCCCAGCUGGCUCAUGUCAGCGGCAGACAGGCCCUUCUGAACGCGAUUAGCAGAACCAAGCUCCUCCGUGGCUGCUGAACUGUAACAGGAGAAAGCACUUUCCUGGGAGGUAAUGACUCUGGCCACGGCAGGAGCGGCUUGGACGGGCCCUGGUUGUUGCCUUGGGGUGAAGGAUGAAGAGGCAUCUUCUGAGCAGAGCAUUUCUGUGCAGGUGUCACCUGUGCGUCCUGCCAGGGGAGGUUCCUCGGCCCAGAUGGCUCAGCCUUGUGACAUAUGUGGCCCCGUCUUGAAAGGCAUUUUGCAUCUGGAUGACCACCAGGAAUCACAUUAUGGACUGAAACCAUACACAUGUGAGGCAUGUGGGAGACAGUUCUCAUUUGGUGCAAACUUUUACCAGCACCAGAAGCAGUACAAUGUAGAGAAGCCCGUCAGGAGAGACAAAGGCAAGGCCACAUUUGCACAGGACUGUAGAGUCUGUGAAGGACCUCAUCCAUCGGAGCAGCCCUCUGUGUGUGCGGGGGAUCAGAAGGACUUCCCGGCACGUGUGGACAGUCACCAGCAAAAGGCCACCCACCGCAAGAGGAAGACCAGGAGCGCUGAGAGGGGGGCGGCCUUGCACAUCGGACAGAUGCAUUACAAUUGCAACGAAUGCGGCAAGGCCUUCAGCCGCAAAGACACGCUUGUUCAGCACCAGAAAAUCCACUCUGGGGAAAGGCCUUAUGAGUGCGGUGAGUGUGGGAAGGCCUUCAGCCGCAAAGCCACCCUCGUGCAGCACCAGAGAAUCCACACUGGGGAGAGGCCUUACGAGUGCAGUGAAUGUGGGAAGUCCUUUAGCCGCAAAGACAAUCUCACACAGCACAAAAGAAUUCACACUGGAGAAAUGCCUUAUAAGUGUGGUGAAUGUGGAAAAUACUUUAGCCAUCACUCCAAUUUAAUUGUACACCAGAGAGUUCACAAUGGAGAAAGGCCUUAUAAGUGCAAUGAUUGUGGGAAAGUUUUCAGACACAAAUCCACACUUGUUCAGCAUGAGAGCAUCCAUACUGGAGAAAAUCCUUAUGUUUGCAGUGAUUGCGGGAAGUCCUUUGGCCACAAAUACACCCUCAUUAAACACCAGAGAAUUCACACUGAGACGAGGCCUUUUGAAUGCAUUGAAUGUGGGAAAUUCUUUAGUCGGAGCUCUGACUUUAUUGCACACCAGAGAGUUCACACGGGUGAAAGGCCUUUUGUGUGUAGCAAAUGCGGGAAAGAUUUCAUAAGAACCUCCCACCUUGUUCGGCACCAAAAAGUUCACACUGGAGAAAGGCCAUAUGAGUGCAAUGAAUGCGGGAAAGCCUAUAGCUUAAGCUCCCACCUCAUUCGGCAUCAGAAAGUUCACACUGCAGGAAGGCUGUAGGAGUGCUUUCAACACAGAAGGACUCACAUGGACAGGAACUCUGUGAUCUUCCUUUGAGAGGAAGACAUCAAUCAAUGUUGAACUUCAUAUAUUUGAACAUUAACACUGGGGAGACACCUUGUUAGGGCAGUUAGGGGCGAUCAGGCAGGCAAGCUGUUGGGAGCCAGUGGUCCCAGAUUGGAGAGGGUGCAGGCCGGGCUGAGGGACCCUCCCAUGCAUGAAUUUCGUGCACUGGGCCUCUAGUAACAUAAAAAAUAAUACUGUGUUUACUCAAAAUUGGGCUAUUCAAAAUUUAGAUUCAAUGAAGAAAACCAACGUAAAGAACUUUAAUGCUGCCCUGACUGGUUUGGCUCAGUGGAUAGAGCAUCAGCCUGCGGACUGGAGGGUCCCAGGUUCGAUUCCGGCCAAGGGCAUGUACCUUGGUUGCGGGCACAUCCCCAGUGGGGGGUG